CCUGGGGGCGGCAGCUCCCGGGACAGAGGAGCCGGCCUGUGCUCCCGGCAGCUGCCAACGUGGUCUGUGUGGUGUACGAUGUCACCAAGGAGGCCACCAUCGACAAGAUUCGCACAAAGUGGAUCCCCAUGGUGAACGGGGGACUUGAAAAGGGAUCCAGGAUCCCCAUUAUUCUAGUGGGAAACAAGUCUGACUUGCAGAUGGGCAGCUCCAUGGAGGUCAUCCUGCCCAUCAUGAACCAGUUCUCGGAGAUUGAGACCUGUGUGGAGUGCUCUGCCAAGAACCUCAAGAACAUCUCUGAGCUCUUCUACUACGCCCAGAAAGCUGUGCUGCACCCCACUGCCCCGCUCUACGACCCGGAGGAGAAGCAGCUGAAACCCACCUGUGCACGAGCACUGACCCGGAUCUUCAACCUCUCGGACCAGGAUAACAACCAGAUCCUUAGUGAUGAUGAACUUAACUACUUCCAGAAGUCCUGUUUUGGAAACCCACUGGCUCCGCAGGCCCUGGAGGACGUGAAGAUGGUUGUGUGGAAGAACACGACAGACGGGGUGCAGGACAACGGCCUGACCUUGAAUGGCUUCCUCUUCCUCAACACACUCUUCAUCCAGAGGGGCCGGCACGAGACCACCUGGACCAUCCUGCGCCGCUUCGGCUACGACGACGAGCUGGAGCUGACGGACGAUUACCUGUACCCACAGUUCCGUGUGCCCCCCGGCUGCUCCACAGAGCUGAACCACUUGGGAUACCAGUUCCUGCAGCGGCUGUUUGAGAAGCACGACAAGGACCAAGACGGAGCCCUCUCGCACACAGAGCUGCAGAACUUCUUCAGCGUGUUCCCCUGCGUGCCCUGGGGCCCCGAGCUCUCCAACACGGUAUGCACCACUGAUAAAGGCCUGCUUUCCCUGCAUGGAUUCCUCUGCCAGUGGACGCUCGUGGCUUACCUGGAUGUACGGCACUGCCUGGAGUGCCUGGGCUACUUGGGCUACCCCAUCCUGUCGGAGCAGGACUCGCAGACACAGGCCCUCACGGUGACCCGGGAGAAGAGGAUUGACCUGGAGAAAGGCCAGACCCAGAGGAACGUGUUCCUGUGCAAGGUGCUGGGAGCCCGGGGCGCAGGCAAGUCCGCCUUCCUGCAGGCCUUCCUCGGCAGGAGCCUGGCGGCCCAGAAGGAGAACCCGGGACAGCCAUCCCCCUACACCAUCAACACGGUGCAGGUCAAUGGCCAGGAGAAAUACCUCAUACUGUAUGAGGUCAGCGCCGACUCCACGUUCACAAAGCCAUCAGACACAGCCUGUGACGUCGCCUGCUUCAUCUACGACCUGAGAGACCCCAAAUCCUUCAGCUACUGUGCCACUGUUUAUAAGCAGCACUACAUGGACAGCCAGAUCCCCUGUGUCUUCGUGGCCUCCAAGACAGACCUGCCAGAAGCCAACCAGCAGCCUGGGCUGGCCCCAGCUGAGUUCUGCUACAAGCACUGCCUCCCUCCACCCUUUCUCUUCACCUGCCACUGCCAGGGACCACCCAGCACUGCUGUCUACACCAAGCUGGCCACUGCUGCCACCUUCCCCCACCUGAAUGCUGUGGAGUUGGGAGUCGCAUCCUUCUGGCUCCGGGUGGCCCUGGGGGCCGCGGUGACAGCGCUGGUGGGGUUCACACUGUACCGUGUGCUGGCCAAGAACAAAUGAGAGCCACUCUGCACCCCAUCCCCCUGACACCAGCUCCCUGUCCCCAGCGACACCCUGGUGAGGGGCCCUGCCUCAAGCUGGUCCCUGGUAGGAAAUCCUCCUCUCCCCCAGCCUGGAUUGCAGGGCCAGUGAAACCAGAUCUCCCAGCACCAGCAGGACAGAUCCCUGGCACCAGCCAGCCUCACCCUGUGGCCUCCUGGCCCCAGUGGCAGCAGGGCAGGCAGCUCUGCUGGGGAUCUGCCUCACCAGCAGCUGGAGGAUCACCCUCAUCUUUUAUUCUGUUAAAUUUUUUUAAUGUUUGUUUUUAAGCUCGAACAUGAGUGUUUCAGUGUCUGUUGGGCCGGGCACAUCCCCUCCCCAGAGGGCUGUGCUGGUGGCCUCAAUUCUGGGGGGUGGUCAAUGCUCUCAGAGCCCCUGGGAGCUCCAGCAGCAGCUGAGCUGUCAAAUGAGCUCAUGGCUCCAGCUCCCUGGGGCACAUCUCCAUCUCCUGUCCUGGUUUCCCUCAGCCAGGGAAAGGCAACUGGGGAGGGAGGGCCAGGCACUUAAAGCCCCCAGUCCUGGUGGUUUGGGGUCAGGCCUGGCCUCUCUUGCUGAGAUGCAGUGGCUGCAGCCCUGGGCUGUGAGGGGGGACAGUGAUACCCAGGAUCUGUCCCAGGCUCUUGUUUCUGCACAAAAAUGUGAGUCCCGCUGCGUGCUGGGCUCUGGGUCCAUCUGCCCUCCUUUCCUGCCACCUGCAUGGCCCAUCCUGUCCCCAUCCCUGGCCACCAGUAUUCAUGGUCACCAGUAUUCCCAAGUCUGAGGGCAUUGGGUGCCCACAGUCCUUCCCUGGCAGUGCCAUCACUGAGCUGAUGCCACACUGUGCCCUACAGCCCACGUCCUGCUGUCCCCUCUGCAGGGCCCUGUCCAGUGUGAGGCUCCUGGUACAACUGGAAGCUCCUUUCCCCUGUCCCCUGCCUGCACCUGAGCUGGCAUCAGCAGCCGGGACUGAGCUCAGCACCAGUCUGGGGUCAGAGCUCCGCAGUGCCCCUGUCUCCAAGUCCCAAAGAGCAAGGCCAGCACCCACCCCUGGGCUCCUGUCCCUCCACGGGGAGCCUGGAUGAGCCCCUGGCUGAGUGACACUAGCCUGGGCUCCCCCAGCACACUCAGGGUCGGUCUCUUUGCAGGCAGCCUGGGGGGGCAGCUCCAAGGUAGCACCUGGAGCUGCUUUUUUAUGUGUUUUGUCUAUUUAAACGUUUUACCGUGGCCUGGAGCCAGUGAGGGGCAUGAGAGGUGCCACCAGCAUCUCUGAGGGAACAGUCCCAUGGUGGUGCCCACAGUCCCCAGCACUGGCCAGCUGGGGGGUCCCUGCCUGUGCCAGAGCUGCUGUGCCAGUCGGGUGCCCACGUGCUGCUGGCCCCUGGUUCCUGCACUGCCAGGGCCAUGUCCCUGCCGUGUCUUUAUCCCUCUCCAUGCCCACCGUGUGUGGCUCUGCCACCCCAGGCCCGUGCCUGGUGUCUGUCCCUGCUCCACGUCUGCUGGAGCUGUGAUGUUUUAGGUUUGUUCUCUACAACAAAAUAAAUUUUUACACACCUUC